GUGACAGUUUCAAUCUGAAAAGUGAAACUAGUUUUUAGAAGUUGCUGGAUGCAUUAGAAUUUGUCUUUGUGAAUGCUUUGGGGAAAAUCAAAGAUAAACAACUAAUUCACCCUUUUUAAACCUCUUCUUGGCUACAGGUCUGGUAGAUUUCUUUGAUUUUGAGAAGAAAAGAUGGGAGAGAGAAAGGUUUUGAAUAAAUAUUACCCUCCAGAUUUUGAUCCUUCAAAACUUCCCCGUAGGAGGCAGCAGAAGGACGAACAGAUUAAAGUACGGACGAUGCUUCCCAUGAGUAUACGUUGUAAAACUUGUGGAAAUUAUAUGUAUAAGGGGACAAAGGUCAGCUCAAGGAAAGAAGAUGUUAUCGGGGAGACAUAUUUGGGUAUCCAAAAAUUCCGGUUCUACUUCAAAUGCACCAAGUGCUCUGCUGAACUGAUAAUGAAGACUGAUCCACAAAAUUCAGAUUAUGUUGGAGAGGCAGGUGCAACUUGCAAUUUUGAGCCUUGGCGUGCAGAGGAUGAGGAAGGUGAAAAAGAGAAGAGGAGAAGGGAUGAUGAAGAGAUGGGAGAUGCAAUGAAAUCCUUGGAGAACAGAACGUUGGAUUCAAAAAGAGAGAUGAACAAUCUUGCAGCAUUGGAUGAAUUGAAGUCGAUGAAGUCUAGACAUGCAACCGUGAGAGAAUAUGCGGUGCUUGAGGCCUUGCAACGCAAAACUGAGGAAAAGGAGAAGAAAUUGGCAGAAGAGGAUGAAGAACUCAUAAAGUCAAUUUUUUCCCAGGGAUCAAAGAACUAUGUUAAAAGGAUCGAUGACGACGAUAAUGAUUUAAAUCAGCUUUCAACUGAUGGUGGCACAUCAUCGAAUGUUGGUUCCAAGAGGAGAAAAGUUUCUCUAGAAGCGGGGAAACCAACAAAUUGGCUGAGAGAAGGCAGUACAUUUGACAGCUUCAGUACUAAAGAAACUAUUGAUGAUUCUGAUGCACCUAAAAAGGACAAAUUCAUCUCCAAAACUCAUUUAGUCAGAAUUUCUGUUGUGAAGAAGCCUUUACCACCUUCUAUUGAAAGCAAUCAAGAGGAAGAGAAGAACGAGAAAGAAGACGAGCCAAAGGCCACUGAUACAAGCACUGUACUUCAGUCCUUGUGUGAAGACUAUGUAAGUGAUGAAAGUGAGUAGCACUUUUUGUAA